GUCAGGUGUGGCGUGUUGUCGUUGCUUUUCCGUGCUCCUUAUCAACUUUGUUUGAACUUGAGGACGCUUAUCAGCAGUUGGAAUGUUCCCAAUCCUCCCAAUAUGAACAUCUGCUGUCAGUGUGUCUUUGGCUGGGUGUGGUGCAUGAUUGAGCAACCCUUUUAAAAGUCCACGCCGCUAUUUUUAUGAUGCACGGAAUGCUUCUGGGAAAGCAGACACGGAUAUGUUGGUAAGGAAGUUUUUAGGGUGAUGUUUGCAUCAUCAGGCCUGCGGAAUUCCUGGAUUUUGGAACUUCGGGUGUUCCGGGUCAUGGAUCGGAAGGGGUUCGGGAAGAUGACUUGAGCAGCUGCGGGAAUUUCAAUGUCCAGCAAUUCUCCGUGAGGCUUGAGCAGAUGUUCGGGAGGCUCCCGAUGCGUCUGGUUCAGAAAAUUGGAAUCGCCGGGAACGGACGAUGCGCAUUGUGGGAACCAUUUUUGGUUACUUAAGUGGAUUAUUUUGCUGGAGAUGAACCCAGAAGAUCUUAGAACAGAACGUUCGGCGGUGGCGUCCCAUCCCGGGUCAGUCAUGAGCCGGUCAGCGCCGCCUGUUCUGGCGCUGGCGCUUCUCUUGAGCCUGUCGUCAGAGGUCACCUACGGCCUGCCUCCGCCGCUGCCGCGAGUCUUCCUCUCCUUUGACGAACUGCAGAACGGCGCCUCAUUGGAGCACUUGACGCUGCGGGAUGAGCCCAUGGACUACCGCAUCCUGCAUGUGGAUGAGGACCAGGACCGCAUGUACGUUGGCUGCAAAGACCACCUUGUCUCAGUGGACAUCAACAACAUCACGCAAGCCCCUCUUAAGGUGUUCUGGCCCGCCUCGACGAGUAAGAUUGACGAGUGCCAAAUGGCGGGAAAAGACCCCACGCAUGGAUGCGGCAACUUUGUCCGAGUGGUGCAACCGUACAACAGAACCCACCUGUUCAUGUGCGGCAGCGGCGCCUACAGCCCCGUGUGCGUCUACGUCAACAGGGGGCGUCGCCCAGAGGAACAAAUACUUUAUAUUGACUCGCGGACAGAGUCAGGAAAAGGGAGGUGCUCAUUCAACCCGCUGGUCAACACCGUGUCUGUAAUGCUUAAUCAAGAGCUCUUUUCCGGCAUGUACAUCGACUUCAUGGGCACAGACGCGGCCAUCUUCCGCAGCCUGACCAAGAGGAACGCCGUGCGCACCGACCAGCACAAUUCCAAAUGGCUUAGCGAACCCAUCUUCGUGGACGCCCACCUCAUCCCGGAUGGGACUGACCCCAACGACGCCAAACUCUACUUCUUCUUCCGUGAGCGUCUGACCGACAACAGCGGCAACACCAGGAACAUCCACAGCAUGCUGGCGCGCGUCUGUCCAAGCGACAUUGGAGGCCAGCGCAGUCUAGUCAACAAGUGGACCACCUUUCUCAAGGCCCGGAUGGUCUGCUCCGUUCUAGAGGAUGACGGCACCGAGACGCACUUCGAUGAGCUCGAAAGCAUCUUUUUGCUGGAAAGCGAGCAACCCAAAGGCCUGUUGGUCUUCGGAGUCUUCACGUCCACAAGCUCUGUCUUCAAAGGCUCUGCGGUGUGCGUGUACAACAUGGCCGACAUCCUGACCGUCUUCAACGGACCCUUCGCACACCGAGACGGGCCCAACUUCCAAUGGGCGGCCUUCCAAGGACGCAUCCCGUACCCAAGACCUGGAACGUGUCCCGGUGGAGCCUUCACGCCAGACAUCCACACUACCAAAGAAUUCCCGGACGACGUCGUCAACUUCGUGCGGAACCACCCGGUCAUGUUCAACCCCAUCUAUCCGCUCGCCCGGAGACCCCUGGUGGUCCGCACCGGCGUAGAUUACAAGUACACGGCGGUGGCGGUGGACCGGGUGGCUGCCGCCGACGGGAACUAUCAAGUCCUCUUCCUCGGAACCGACAAGGGAACCGUCCAGAAGGUGAUUGCGCUUCCCACAAACCGCUCCCUGCAUCAAGAUCUCAUCCUGGAGGAACUGGAAGUCUUUAAGAACCAAGCGCCGAUCACCAACUUGAGAAUCUCCCCUAAAAAACAACAACUGUACGCGAGUUCGGAUCUGGGCGUGUCGCAGGUGUCCCUUCACCGCUGUCACGCGUACGGCUCGGCUUGUGCCGACUGCUGCCUGGCCCGAGACCCGUACUGCGCCUGGGACGGACUCAGCUGCUCGCGGUUUUACCCCAGCGGAAAAAGGAGGAGCAGAAGGCAAGAUGUCAUGUAUGGAAAUCCGUUGACUCAGUGUCGAGGAUUCAACCUGAAAGCCUACAGAAAUGCAGUGGAGAUGACACAAUAUGGCGUGCGCAACAACACUACAUUCCUGGAGUGCUUGCCCAAGCCGCCUCAGGCUUCCAUCAGGUGGCUCAUCCACAGAGACGGCGACCGGAGGAAGGAGGUGAAGCUGAGCGAGCGCGUACUUUCCACGGAGCACGGCCUCCUGAUCCGCUCGGCUCUACCGUCCGACCAGGGUCUGUACUACUGCCUGACUGCCGAGAACGGCUUCAAGCGUACCGUGGCUAAGAUCCGCCUGCAGGUGCUGAGCGCCGCUGCCGCCGAAAGGGGCCGCUCGGCGUGGCCGUGGUCGGCGGCGGCCGAAAGCCUAGCCGUGCAGCAAUUCUGCAAAGAGAGGAAGGAGCGGAAGGAGCUCCUGGAGCAGCGCAAGAGCGCUGCGCCCCCGCCGCCGGGGCCUCUCAGGGGGGACUUGGCCAAACUCAAGCCCCUGCUGGACCGCAGGAAGAGCCGAAACCGGCGAAAUCAUCUCCCGGAGGAAUAACGGACACACCUUUAAACUCCAAUGGGAAAACGAACCUUUAUUGCAAUGUUGGGACGAAAGGGAAGGAUUUGAACACCAACAAGAUGGAUCCAUGCUUGUCUUUAAGGCGAGUCCAGGUUUGCCAAGGCAACACUGAUCUAAAAUCCCAAGUAUUUAUUUCUGUGACGCAUGCUCAUAGAUUUUAACUUACCAUGCUGGCACGAGCAAGAGAAUGGUUUCUCAGACUUUGGAUUCCAGAGGAGAUAUUGCCCUCAUAGGCCAAUCGAACAGAAUGACUGUGUGUACCCCAAACACCAUAAACAAUCCAACUAUUCUUAGAGUAUUCUUCCUUUAAAGACCAAAUGUGAAGUAAGGUUGGCCAACCAUGUUUUUGAAUAAUAUCAAUGGCUAAACAAUGUUAAGCAUAUUUUCGUUAUUUUUUUUAACGCAACCCUUCCAGAUUCUUUGUUUAACCCACAGCAACGCCCUUGACAACGAAAAUGCUUUUCUUCGGAAAUCUUCGGAAAUUACGUCACACAGAGAACUGCGAGGGAAGUCCGCCAUAGAAGAGUAUUGUUGCAUUGCUUCUCGGUAAGAUGCCACGGCGGUGUGUCGCGAUGUAUUGUUCUCAAUCUAAAGAAAAUUUGUAUGAGUGGCCAAAGGAUAGCAGGGCACGUAAAUGGACAUCUUUCGUUCGCACGAAGUUAAUGAAUUUCACGCCAUCAUCGAGUAGUGUUCUCUGCUACAAACAGGGGUGAAAGUGGGCCAGAACGGUCCGCAAGGCAGUUCCGAUAAGAGAUUUGGGGCCUGAACGGGGCGGAACGGUGCUUUGUUCCCGAAAUACUAGCCCGGGAUUGAACCAUUGAUCUCAGAACUGUGAGGGGAACGUGCUAACCACUGCGUGUGUGAAACCUGUUGUGUUGAAUUAGAUGGGGCUUUUUGCAAGGCAAAGGUCUAUAUUGUAAAAUUGUUUUUUUUUUUCUGAAUGGCGUUUUUUGCCGCACCGCACAGCCCAAACAGUCUGACCGACCAUCACCAAAAUGACUGGAAUUUUCGCGCGACGCAAGGAAUUUUUUUAACAAACCACAAAAAUUUGCCAUUCGCCCAUAAAUGUGUUUUUUUUUUUUUUUUUUUUUUUUUUUUAAACAAUUUUCAAAACGCUACUUGUCCUACAAUUUUUGAUCAUAUUACAUAAUUUACAAAAUAAAAAAAUCCGGGAUGGUAAGGGGUAGAGGUGUGCAAAAUUUCCGAUUCUUAGAUUAUUCGCGAUUCGGCCGUGAAAGAUUCGAGAACGAUUCACAAACAUCCAAAUUCCGAUUAUUGAAAUAUGCCAAGUAAAGCUGGAAGUACAACACACUCAGCGCGCCGUGCGGUCUUCGGGACGCAAUGAGGAACGGAGCGAGAGUAGCUAAACAUCAUGCUUCUCAUUACCCAGCCCCUCGGGCAAUGCCAAUGCUCAACUCACGGCUUUAGCUCAACUCAUGCCACGAGAUAAAAAAAAAACCCCAACAACAUACCUGACUGCUGCCGAAAAGCUGCUACAAAGUACAUCCACAUAAUGUUACAGUAGAUAUCAUUUAUAUAGGACUAGCUGCAAUAUAGAUUCGGUAGCGUUAGCAGCACAGCUACAAAAAGCUAGAUGUGGGCGUUAGUAAACGGCCGCCAUCUUAAAGCAGUAGACUUCCCUGCAAGGCUGUUGUAGCGAACCUUCCAAGCGAACCUAAUCAACUUUUUAUCUAAAAUACUCCUAAAUCGGUAAAAUAUUGACUUGAAUCUAUCUUUAAAAUAGUUUUAAAACUUUCACAUGUCGAAAGUAGACAAAAGGGAAAUUAUCAGGAGCAAUUUUAACAACUUUAUGUUGAUUCACAACAUUAAUUGAAUGUAGUUUAAAGCUGCUGAUACAAAAUGGGGACUGGAGUUUUUUAUUUACUGUUAUUUUUGUAUAUUUGUUUACUGCCAUAUGUUAACUUGAUACUGAAAUAGUACUUUGGUUUAGCCUGAGAGUAUUUUUGAACAAUUUUGGAACUAAUGUACAAAACAUUUAAAAAAAAAAAAAAAAAAAAAGGGAGGGGGGUGCAUCAAUAAUCGUUUUAUAAUCGAAUCGGAGCCUCUGAAUCGUAAUCGAAUCGUUAGGUCCCCAAAGAUUCCCAGCUCUAGUAAGGGGCAUACAUUUUGUAUACAGAAUUUGGUAAAAAUGUAUAGUUCCCCCAAAAUUCACCAAAAACUCUCCCAUUGAUUUAUAAUGGGAUGCCAUUGACAGCCAUGUACGUCCAAAUUUCCCAUUCAUUUUCAAUGGCAAGAAUACAUAGGUUCUUGUGAUUUUUGACCAUUUACCAUUACAGCUCCUUGACUUUAUGUGACCUGAAAUUUCCCCAGAUUAACAGGAAGUUAGAUGAUAUCAACAGGACCUGUCCCCCAAAUAGAUAUACAAAGGACAUGUCCCCCAAAUGUCCCCAAAUCAACAGGAAGUGACCUGAUAGAUCCCAUCGUAAUUUCUCUUGGAAUUGCAAUUUCUAGUUGGGCGUUAUAUUUAUAACUGUGCCAAAAGCAAUUUUUGCAUUUUAGUGGUUUUAGGAGGUGUAAGUCAACCCAAAAAAAAUUUAAAAAAAGAUAGAGCUCCGUGCCGAACUUUGUCAGGGAGUUCCGGCAAGAAAGUCUAGCCACUUUCAUCCCUGGCUACAAACACUUCGAAGAUUCCUGCUUCCUCAACCGGUCUGCUUAUGAUCAAGGAUUUGCAAAAAAGUAUCUGUGAUUUUUGGAUAGAUGACUGAUUACUUUGUCAGAGCAGAGCUGCCAACUGUUGUGGAAUGAACAGUAGAAGGUAGCGACGUUAGCCGAAAGGUAACUUGAGGCAAAACCGUGAUCGUGUUGUGGAAUGAACAUUAGAAGCUAGCGGCGUUAGCCGAAAGCUAACUCGUGGCAAUUCCCGAUCAUAGUUGUAUUGAGUUCAUUUUGCCUACACUUAUAACUUUGUCAAAACUUUUCUUUUAUCCCAAGCAAUAAUAGGUGGUUUAUUUACCUGACAUGUCUCAGCGAACCCUUCCGCCUUCGUCAGACGGUCCAAAGGCGGAGGUGUUCGCUGAAACGUGUCAGGUAAAUAAAAGCUAACGUCGCUAGCUUCUGCUGUUCAUUACACAACAUGAUCGGAGAUUCGUCAAAACUUUUCUUUUAUCCCAGGCAAUAGUAGGUGGUUUAUUUACCUGACAUGCAUCAAAUCAUAAAAAUAAUAACAGCCUAUAUUUUACCAAUCUUGUAAUCUCGAUGGGUCUUGUCUCCAAUCCAUAUCAGGUAGUCUGGGCACAUUGUUUGCAUCCUGAUUAGCGUCUGGCUAAUACAUGUACGGUCCAACAUAAAAUUCCAACCUCUUGGAUCUCCUCACUUUCGCUUGAUCUAUCGCUUAUAUCGCUGUUUGAAUUAUUGUUUGAAGGGCUUUGGCCAUAUGGAGCGCUGCCAUCGCUGUUCUCUGUGUGACGUAUCACUUCCGGGUUCGUCCCCUUUCAGGCUCGAACUUCGGAAACGCGAUUAUUUUGUCAACUAUACAACAUGUAAAUUAUUUUUCAUGCUUUAUUUGUUGGACAAUUUUCAAUUACAUUGUGACCCUAUUUGGCAUUUUAUGAAAUUACUUCACAUUUGGUUUUUAAUAUCUAAGGGGAAAAUGCUUUGUGGCGGUUUAAAAAGCAGAAUUGAAGAGGACUGAAUCACUGAAAAAUCUUUGGCAAAAACUUCCAUGCUUCCAUUUUUAAUUUUAUAGUCAAAUCAAAAGUGUCAAGUGUAAUCCCACUGCUACCAUCUAGUGGUCAGAAGAGAAAUUACAUCAGUGGGAAGCAAAAAAACGACUCCAUAAUGGUAACCCCAGUUUGAGAACCACUGUGGUAGCGCCCUUUUGUUUCACAACACCAAAAUGUCCGCCGGCUUGUGAAUACAUCAUGUCAAUACAGAUUACAUGCUAUUUAAUGUGAAAUCCGACCAUCUGCAACUCGCAGAGAUGUUAGUUUUGGCUCCGAGCGUCUGUUUCAAGCCAAACAUAAGCACGCUUUUCUAUUUAUUGGUAGGACUGACGGCCGGAUGAAAACAUUUAGAUGAGAAUUACCUUUAGUGACAUUUUUUUUUAGUGCUGAUGUACAGUAUAAAAGUCUUGCAUCUGAAAGUGAAACCACUUUUGUGUUCUUUCUGGUCUCGUCCCAGCGGGGAGAUAAAUCUGCCGUUUGACAUUUUGCCGAGUCGGCGUUCUGUCUCAGUUCACAAAGGACGAGUCAAAGAAUUUUUUUGCUUUAGAAAAACAAAAACGCCUCCCUAUCGUGACCGCGGCAUAAUAAUAACUUGAUGUGAUUUAGGGUGAAAAAAAUGUCAAGCUCUACUUGUGCUUUUAUUCCUUUUGAAGCGGGAAAAACACAAAUCAACAUAAUUAGCGCGCCUUGAAAUUGCUUUCCCGGAAGGCUCGAAAUCCCUGAUUGACAAGAAGUUGAAGCUUUACAAAAAUCACAGUAUUACUAUUGAAGAGGAAAUGAUAAAUAAUAAGUCCGUAUCACAACAGCGGGGUCAGACGGUCUGCUUUUCCUUGCACCUGACGACGAUGUACAAAAUCAGGCAGAGAGUAAAGAUGAACAAGCCCACACCCAACAGGAGUUUUCGGAUCACGUCCAACAUCGUCAUCGAGUCCACCAGCGCCAUCUUCAGCAUGGCGGCCGACUCGUCGUCCAGUUCGGCCGUCUGAAAUCGGAAAGUCGUGAGGGUCAAGAGAAAUCCGAACACCUCCGACAGGGCGGGCUUACCUCGUUCAUCCAGACCAGAGGGAAAAUUGUAGUCUCGUUAAUUUUCUUCAAUACCCUUCGCGCGUACACAAAGUUGUUAGUUAUCUGCAACUGCUUCAGGACUUGAAGCCAAAUAAGAAAAACUCACGUGAUGACUUUUGACGGUCCGUACAUCAUGUUCACCUGGAUUCUCUUGGCAAAUCCCAGAGUAAUUCCAGUCAUCUGGUAAAAAGAACAUUAUGAAUGGGCAGGUGUAUGUUUUGAGGUUAGUCCCGAUUAAAGGUAGGGGUGCACGAUAUCCAUUUUUUGAAACCGAUACAGAUAUCGAUAACUUCCUGCUCCUCAAAGCUAAUAUCGAUAACCGAUAAUAAAUAUAUAAUUUUUAGGGCUGUCAAAAUUAUCGCGUUAACGGGCGGUAAUUAAUUUUUUAAAUUAAUCACGUUAAAAUAUUUGACGCAAUUAACGCACAAAUGCCCCACUCAAACAGAUUAAAAUGAGCGCACAGUGAUAUGUGUACUUGUGUUUUUCGGAGUUUUGGCGCCCUCUGCUGGCGCUUGGGUGCGACUGAUUUUAUAGGCUUCCGCACCCAUGAGCAUUGUGUAAGUAAUUAUUGACAUCAACAAUGGUGGGCUACUAGUUUAUUUUUUUAUUUAAAAUUUUACAAAUUUUAUUAAAACGAAAACAUGAAGAGGGGUUUCAAUAUACAAUUUCUAUAACUUGUACUAACAUUUAUCUUUUAAGAACUACAAGUCUUUCUAUCCAUGGAUCGCUUUAACAGAAUGUUAAUAAUGGUAAUGCUGUCUUGAUCUAUUGUUGUAAUAAAGAAAUACAGUACUUAUGUACCGUAUGUUGAAUGGAUAUGAUGGUUUGAAUAACUAACACUGUAAACAUUAUAUAGUAAGGUUUAUCACUCAUUCCUCAAAACAAAAAUAUGGUAGAACAAAAAGGAUUAAUGGCUUGCCUUAUAAUAAUAUAAACGGCAGUGAGUGAACCCAUAUUCAAUAAAGUAUUAGUAUAACUAUUAUAUGUAUGUAUAGCAUAGCACACUAGCUUGAACUACUAGCCUUAAGCAUUGGCUGGCUUCUAUAACACAACAACUUAUGAAGUUCUGUACAUAUGACCCUUAACCACCGAAGAAAACAUAUAUUGCACAUCCAUAUGUUAUAGUAAACAUAAAUACUUACAGACAUAUAUUUCCGAGUCGGAAACGUAAGUAACAGAAAGCAUUCACGAUUGUCAAUGCUAACGCUAGACACAGCACUGUGUAAAGUGAAUGAGUUUGUGGGCCAAAUUAUAGAUGCAGCGAAUUAUUCUGACCGGCAGGUGGCAGCAAUGCCCCGCAAAUGGUCAACUGAUUUCACAGCCAGCGAACACAGUUCAUACUGUAUUAUCGGUCCUAUUUAGGGUUGUUCCUAUCAUGUUUUUUUGCUCCCGAUCCGGAUCGUUUUAGUUUGAGUAUCUGCCGAUCCCGAUAUUUCCCGAUCCUAUUGCUUUUUUUUUGCUCCCGAUUCAAUUCCAAUCAUUCACGAUCAUUUUUCCCGAUCAUAUACAUUUUGGCAAUGCAUUAAGAAAAAAAAUGAAUAAAACUCGAAUAUAUACAUUCAACAUACAGUACAUAAGUACUGUAUUUGUUUAUUAUGACAAUAAAUCCUCAAGAUGGCAUUUACAUUAUUAACAUUCUUUCUGUGAGAGGGAUCCACGGAUAGAAAGACUUGUAAUUCUUAAAGGAUAAGUGUGACUUUGUAAGUUGUGACUAAAUAUUGCCAUCUAGUGUAUUUGUUGAGCUUUCAGUAAAUGAUACUGUAGCCAUUUAACUGUUCUGCCCAAAUGCAUGAUGGGAAGUGCACCCAUGACUGUGAUAUAUCUUCUCUGCGUUGGGAAAUAACAUAGUGUGUUAAGAAAAAGAUCAAUUGCUACCUUUCUUCCCCACAUUGCUUCCCA